UCGCUCCAGCGCCUCUGAAAGUGGAGGAAGUGCACAGUGUAGGGCUGCUGCUGCUGCUGUUUUCAUGGCCGUUUAUCUGCACGGAUAAAACAUUACAUAAUCGCUCAGAUCGGCGCGCAGCGGGGGGACAGGACUUUCGCACCGCCCGGAGAGAGCUGUAGGUUAGCGAGCUGCUUCUGGAGCUGACGGGAGCGGAGCGGCGCGGGUUAAGGUGGGCCUUGCCCGGAUAUCAUCUGUCUGACAGCGGGCAGAGCUGAGAGCUGAGAGUCGUUAGCGCCUCCUGCCAAAUCAAUACAUCCCACAAUAUACAGACCCAAACAUUUCCUACCACACACCCGCUUUAACCCCCUGAACUGCUGGACACGAGGAAAAACAUACACAAAUGGCAGACAACCUGAGUGAAGCCCUGAAGACGCUGAAGCUCUCCUCAGCAGACAGCGCCACAGACAGUGUGGAGAGUUGCCUGGACUGCCUGCUCAAAGCCUUGGCCCACAACAAUGUGGAAGCCAGUGAAAAGAUCCAGCAGAUGGGUGUUCUGCCCAUGAUGCCUUCUCUACUGGCCACACAGAACUCCUGUACACCCAAAGUAGCCAACAUCAUAGCGGAGGUAGCCAAAAACGAGUUCAUGCGCAGCCCCUGUGUUGAGGCGGGGCUCAUACCCCCUCUGGUUCAGCUGCUCAACUGCAAGGACCAGGAGGUGCUGCUUCAGACGGGCAGAGCUUUGGGCAACAUCUGCUACGACAGCCAUGAGGGCAGAAGUGCAGUUGACGCAGCGGGCGGGGCUCAGAUAGUAGCAGAGCACAUUAAAGCUCUGGCCCAAAACACUGACCCGUCCACCGGGAAGCUCUUGACUGUCUUUUGUGGCAUGCUGAUGAACUAUAGCAAUGAUAAUGACACACUGCAGGCCCAGCUGAUUAGCAUGGGGGUGAUCCCCACUCUGGUGAAGCUUCUGGGAGUUCACGCACAGAACACAGCGCUAACAGAAAUGUGCCUCAUCGCUUUCGGGAACCUGGCAGAACUGGAAUCCAGUAAGGAGCAGUUUGCGUCUACAAACAUUGCUGAGGUGCUGGUGCGGCUGUUCCGGAAGCAGGCGGAACAUGACAAGAAAGAGAUGAUUUUUGAGGUGCUGGCACCACUGGCUGAAAAUGAUGUGAUAAAGCUGCAGCUGGUGGAGGCAGGGCUGGUGGAGUGUCUGUUGGAUGUGGUGGGUCAGACGGUUGACAGUGAGAGAGAGGAGGACGUGGCUCAACUCAAAACCGCAUCAGACCUCAUGGUACUGCUGCUUCUAGGAGACGAGUCGAUGCAGAAGCUGUUUGAGGGGGGUAAAGGCAGCGUGUUCCAGAGGGUGCUCUCUUGGGUUCCUUCUAACAACCACCAACUGCAGCUAGCUGGGGCGCUGGCUAUUGCAAAUUUCGCCCGCAACGAUGGCAACUGCAUCCACAUGGUAGAUACUGGGAUUGUACAGAGGCUGCUGGAGCUGCUGGACAGACAUGUUGAAGAGGGAAAUGUUACAGUACAGCACGCCGCCCUCAGUGCCCUAAGGAACCUAGCCAUUCCAGUGGUGAACAAGGCUAAGAUGCUCUCCGCGGGUGUGGCUGAUGUAGUGCUGAAGUUCCUCCAGUCAGAGAUGCCACCAGUUCAGUUCAAGUUGCUGGGAACGUUAAGGAUGCUCAUCGACACACAAGCUGAUGCUGCGGAUCAGUUGGGGACGAACCGUAAGCUGGUGGAGAGGCUGGUGGAGUGGUGUGAGGCUAAAGACCAUGCAGGAGUGAUGGGAGAAUCCAACCGUCUGCUUUCAGCUCUUAUCCGCCACAGCAAGUCAAAGGAAGUGGUUCGGACAGUUAUUCAAUGUGGGGGUGUGAAGCACUUGGUAACCAUGGCAACAAGCGAGCACAUGAUCAUGCAGAAUGAAGCACUGGUGGCCUUGGGUCUCAUAGCAGCACUAGAUUUAGAUUCAGCAGAAAAGGAUUUUGUGGGAGCCACUCUGGUGCAAGUUUUGCACAAGCUUUUAACAGAGGAGAAGAGCGCUCCUGAGAUCAAGUACAACUCAAUGAUCCUCAUCUGUUCUGUCAUGGGCUCAGAACCACUCCACAAAGAAGUACAGAGCCUGGCCUUUAUUGAUGUUGUCUCCAAACUACGUUCCCAUGAGAACAAAACGGUGGCACACCAGGCCUCACUCACAGAACAGAGGCUAACGGCCCAGAGCUAAAAGACUCUUUUACACAUUUACACACAUACACACAGGUACAGACAGACACACACACACACACAAAGAUACACACACACCUCAUCUACUCUCUGCCUGCCGACCCGUCCUGUACAGAUCCUUAACCUCUUACGACCCCCACUGUCUCCCACUGUCAUGUGCCAAGGUUAUCCAGUCCUUCUCUCAGCCUCCCUCCUCUAAAGUUUCCUCUUCCCAACCCUCACUCUGCACUCCUAAAAAUAAAGGAUACAAACAAAUAAAGAUGCCUAAUGAACCUUUGAGUAGAAGGACAAAAAAAACUAAAACAUAUUUGAUAAUGACAUGUGAAGGAUAGAACCUUGUUUUUUUUUUUAAUGAAAAGAAUGAAUGUUUACAUCCACGAAACCACAUAACAAAAUAUUCUAUUAGGUUCUAUAUGUAAGUUAUAUAAAAAAAAUCCUUUAUUUUUAAGAGUGGGUUCCGCAUGCAUUCAUGACGUCGGUCAUCAUAGACAGCCUUCAGCAAUAGGUUCUGUUACCAGAGAAACCAGAGAUACCAGAGAGCGCAAAACUUUAUAAAAAAAAGACCAUAGCUGUGAUAAACGGAGCAUCCAUGUCAUUUGAGGAAGAUGAAAAUGCAAAAAAUAAAUAAUAACAAAAAAAAAAAAGAACUAGACAAUAAUCACACGAGGGCUGGAGGAGGAAUGAGUGCAGCCAUACAUCCAUGCUGUGUAAAAACAAACAACCAACCCCACAUGUUCCAUGUAGCUUGAGUACCAGCCGAUUUUGAAACCUGCAUGUUUUUUAAAUAGUCUAAUUUAAUGGUGUAUCCGUGUUCAGCUAACCAGACUUCGCUCGUGACGAUACACCACUCCCCCUUCCCCCUCCUUCUCUACCCCGCCUUCCUUCCCCCAGCCCGCCUUCGACAUGUACGAGUAGAGAUCAAAAUGUGUUUGUACUGUAUACGGGCCUGGACCGGACCGGAGCGGAGCGGACUCUUCGCAUUUGACCUCCUGGUCCUAGUGCCACCCAUGUUCAUAUCUGUGGAAGUCACUUUACUGGAAAGAGCUAAAUCCAUAUUACUAGUCUGUUGCAUUGUGAACUAGAAUACUAUUGUUAUAUGGACAUUUGAACAAAUAAUAAUCGUGUCUUGGUACCAAUGAAGGAAUCGUUUGACUUGGAGCCCCUAUGGUCACCCUGUUGUCUGGGCAGAAUACACUCUACUCACAACUGUCUGUGUUAAGCUCCUCCCAGGGCGGAAGGAACAGCUCGCUUUUGGACAUGUGAAAUGGCAUCGCAGUGUCAAUAAUCAAUCAAUUUUUCAAUUUGGUGACACUUUAUUUGGAUGGUCCUCAAUAGGGUUUUUCACUAGAAGAACAAUUGAUUAUUAACAAGAAUUAGGGUUUAGAUUUGCUGUAGAUUAAAGUUAAAUUAAAGCCCUUUCACACAGUUUCUCUUAGUUUGGGACGGUUUGUUAUGUAGUGGAACUUUAGCUUUUUGUGAUGUAUAAAUGGAGUAAGAAACUAAUUUCUGAGCAAUAGCUUUCAAUAUAAUGUAUUUUAUGUUUUCUCUGCUCACUGUCUACUUUAUGCUCUCUUUUAUUUCCCUCCUUUACGAGAGCUCAAUAGCAAGGAAGGCUAAAGGUUUUUUUUUUUUUCUUUUUUUUUUUUCGGAGAUAAAAUGGCUACACAAAGUCACUGUAAAGAACUCAACAUCAUUGCCCAGCCAUCUAGUUCUUAUUUAUCAUAUUUUUCUUUAGCCUUUAUAUUUGUAUAGUCAGUGGAAGGCAGUGUAUUGGCAAGAACUUAUGAAACAAGGGUUACAAUUCAGUAUAUCACAGUAUAUUGCGAUGUAAUCUGUAAUCAAUGUGAUAUAUUGCAAUUGUUUAAAUUGUUUUAAUUCAGAAAAAAUCAAACAUGGUCUGCCACCGAUGUUUACAUGCAAAUAUUACAAAUUAAAAUAAAAAUAAUUGUGUUUUUUUCUUACACCCUUAGUCUGUUGUUCGUCAUACAAGCUUUUGUUUUCUGCUACGAAAAAGAUGUGCCGUUCUGCCACCCUAUUUAUGCUCAUCUGCUUGGUCUGAUACAAUGAAAAAUGGAACUCUUAAUAUGUUAGCCUGAUUUAAAAACAUCCAAUAAUGCAGAAAAUAAAGCAGGCUGGCAAUAUCACCGUCUGUGUAUUGCUAUCUCUGUGUGAAAGACGCCAUUAAUACUUGAGUAUAUAAUAUAUUAUUUUCCCAUCCGUAAAAUUUGGACUCUGUGUGAAUAGGUUUUUUAGGAUCAAUUAAAUUUAGUAAAUGAAGUAUUUGGGAAAUAUUAAUAUUAACAGACAUUAAGCCUCUGUAAAGCACCUGUUUACUGUGGACCACCCAAAUAAACAAACUGUCACCACUGACUUCGUUCUCUACUGUCUGUAGGAACGGAGGCUGUGUGCAACAUGACUGCCAUUACCAGUGUGAUAAUGCAGAUCACACAGUUCAGCUUCACAGGAUACAGAACACAAUAAUGCAUCAUGUCGAGUGUAAUGAAAGGGCUUUGACGAGUUGGAGUGUGUGUGUGUUUGUGUUAUGUUGGAAGGUGGCUGGAAAUACUGCCGUCAACACCACCAUUCACCAUCGAGUAAAAACACCCAAGACCUGUUCUGACUGUCUUAGAAAACGUGCUGUCGUGUGCUCUUUAUCAAAUGUGUGCAUUUGAUAUUGUGGUACAAUCCUCAAUCCUCAGACGGAUUUUGCAUGUGUACGGGUUUCUCCACAGAGUAUUGCAGGACAUGCACCUCCCCUGCAUGUCGGGAUACCGUAAACACCCUGAUGUGGCCAUUUUACGUUCUGUAAAGCAUUCUUAUUUAUGCGAUUUGGAACCCUUAAGGAACCACACAGCAAUCCAACAUAUCCAUAAUAACUGCAUUACAAAUAUAAACUCGACUAGUUGUUGUAAAUGUAAUUGAUGAAUUGUACAUUUGGAAGAUUGAGACUCUGAUUAUUAAAGACAAUUGCUGGCGAUGAA